UCAACCAGAGAUACUACAGAGACUCAACCAGAGAGACUACAGAGACUCAACCAGAGAGACUACAGAGAGAGACUCAACCAGAAAUAGCAGUAACCAUACACAGGAUCAACCAGAGAGAAACAAGCUUCCAGAGACUAGAUCCAGGAUCCAGAGAGACCAGACAGAGAACAAAGAGAGAGCUGAGCUAUGGAGACACAUCACUGUGAUACAUGUGGGAAGAGCCUUUCCUCAUCCAGUAGCCUCAAGAGGCACAUGAGGAUCCAUACUGGAGAGAGGCCCUACAGCUGUGACCUCUGUGGUAAAACCUUUAGCUAUGCUAGCAGUUUCACAGUUCACCGCAUAAUCCACACUGGAGAAAAGCCCUACAGCUGUGACCUCUGUGGUAAAACUUUUAGACGGAAGUCGCAAUUAACAAUUCACAGCAGAAUCCACACUGGAGAGAAGCCCUACAGCUGUGACCUCUGUGGUAAAACCUUUAGCCAUGCUAGCAGUUUCACAGUUCACCGCAGAAUCCACACUGGAGAAAAGCCAUACAGCUGUGACCUCUGUGGUAAAACCUUUAGGCAGGCAGACCAUUUCAGACGUCACAGGACGAUACACAAUGAAGAGAAGCCCUACAGCUGUGACCUCUGUGAUAAAACCUUUAGCCAUGCCAACAGUAUCACAGUUCACCGCAGAAUCCACACUGGAGAGAAGCCCUACAGCUGUGACCUCUGUGAUAAAACCUUUAGCCAUGCCAACAGUAUCACAGUUCACCGCAGAAUCCACACUGGAGAGAAGCCCUACAGCUGUGACCUCUGUGGUAAAACCUUUAACCAGGCAAGCAUUCUCAAAGAUCACCGCAAGAUACACACUGGAGAGAAGCCCUACGGAUGUGACCUCUGUGGUAAAACCUUUAACCAGGCAGGCAAUCUCAGACAUCACCACAAGAUACACACUGGAGAGAAGCCCUACGGCUGUGACCUCUGUGGUAAAACCUUCAGAAAGACUGAGGAAUUAACAGUUCACCGCAGGAUCCACACUGGAGAGAAGCCCUACAGCUGUGACCUCUGUGGUAAAACCUUUAGCCAGGCUGGCAAUCUCAGACAUCACCGCAGGAUCCACACUGUAGAGAAGCCCUACAGUUGUGACCUCUGUGGUAAAACCUAUAGCCAGGCUGGCAAUCUCAGAGCUCACCGCAGAAUCCACACUGGAGAGAAUCCCUACAGCUGUGACCUCUGUGGUAAAACCUUUAGCCAUGCUAGCAGUUUCACAGUUCACCUCAGAAUCCACACGGGAGAGAAGCCCUACAGCUGUGACCUCUGUGGUAAAACCUUUAGCCAGGCUAGCCAUUUCACAGCUCACCGCAGAAUCCACACUGGAGAGAAGCCCUACAGCUGUGACCUCUGUGGUAAAACCUUUAGCCAUGCCAACAGUAUCACAGUUCACCGCAGAAUCCACACUGGAGAGAAGCCCUACAGCUGUGACCUCUGUGAUAAAACCUUUAGCCAUGCCAACAGUAUCACAGUUCACCGCAGAAUCCACACUGGAGAGAAGCCCUACAGCUGUGACCUCUGUGGUAAAACCUUUAACAAGGCAAGCAUUCUCAAAGAUCACCGCAAGAUACACACUGGAGAGAAGCCCUACGGAUGUGACCUCUGUGGUAAAACCUUUAACCAGGCAGGCAAUCUCAGACAUCACCACAAGAUACACACUGGAGAGAAGCCCUACGGCUGUGACCUCUGUGGUAAAACCUUCAGAAAGACUGAGGAAUUAACAGUUCACCGCAGGAUCCACACUGGAGAGAAGCCCUACAGCUGUGACCUCUGUGGUAAAACCUUUAGCCAGGCUGGCAAUCUCAGACAUCACCGCAGGAUCCACACUGGAGAGAAGCCCUACAGUUGUGACCUCUGUGGUAAAACCUAUAGCCAGGCUGGCAAUCUCAGAUAUCACUACAGGACCCACACUGGAGAGAAGAUCUAUCACUGUGAUACAUGUGGGAAGAGCCUUUCCUCAUCCAGUAGCCUCAAGAGGCACAUGAAGAUCCACACUGGAGAGAAGCCCUACAGCUGUGACCUCUGUGGUAAAACCUUUAGCCAUGCUAGCAGUUUCACAGUUCACCUCAGAAUCCACACGGGAGAGAAGCCCUACAGCUGUGACCUCUGUGGUAAAACCUUUAGCCAGGCUAGCCAUUUCACAGCUCACCGCAGAAUCCACACUGGAGAGAAUCCCUACAGCUGUGACCUCUGUGGUAAAACCUUUAGCCAUGCUAGCAGUUUCACAGUUCACCUCAGAAUCCACACGGGAGAGAAGCCCUACAGCUGUGACCUCUGUGGUAAAACCUUUAGCCAGGCUAGCCAUUUCACAGCUCACCGCAGAAUCCACACUGGAGAGAAGCCCUACAGCUGUGACCUCUGUGGUAAAACCUUUAGCCAUGCCAACAGUAUCACAGUUCACCGCAGAAUCCACACUGGAGAGAAGCCCUACAGCUGUGACCUCUGUGAUAAAACCUUUAGCCAUGCCAACAGUAUCACAGUUCACCGCAGAAUCCACACUGGAGAGAAGCCCUACAGCUGUGACCUCUGUGGUAAAACCUUUAACAAGGCAAGCAUUCUCAAAGAUCACCGCAAGAUACACACUGGAGAGAAGCCCUACGGAUGUGACCUCUGUGGUAAAACCUUUAACCAGGCAGGCAAUCUCAGACAUCACCACAAGAUACACACUGGAGAGAAGCCCUACGGCUGUGACCUCUGUGGUAAAACCUUCAGAAAGACUGAGGAAUUAACAGUUCACCGCAGGAUCCACACUGGAGAGAAGCCCUACAGCUGUGACCUCUGUGGUAAAACCUUUAGCCAGGCUGGCAAUCUCAGACAUCACCGCAGGAUCCACACUGGAGAGAAGCCCUACAGUUGUGACCUCUGUGGUAAAACCUAUAGCCAGGCUGGCAAUCUCAGAUAUCACUACAGGACCCACACUGGAGAGAAGCCCUACAGCUGUGACCUCUGUGACUAUUCAGGUAAAACAAGUAACCAUCUGAAGAGUCACCUGCGUGUCCACAAUAUAAAACCCCCAAAGCAGUGAUGUCUGGGGCCAAGCUGUCCCAGCAGUCACCACCUGAGAGAACUUCUGUAUGACCCACAGCUGGAAGAGCUACUGGCCUGCACCUACUGGGACAGCACAUGCAGUAACACCAGAUCUACAGUCCAACAUGACAGCACAUGCAGUAACACCAGAUCUACAGUCCAACAUGACCAGACACAGGGAAGAUACUGUAACAAUGGAGGGGAAGCUGUGUCAGACUGGGGAGAAUCUUGGUAAACACUGGCUGACACCUUUCAGUUUUGAAGCACACAUUUGUAAUUUCAUAAGAAACACAUCAAAGUGCUCAAAUAUUAAUUUCUGUUUGACCUCUUUAUCUCUGCAGCCCUUUAGAGUAUCUGUGUGUUUGACCCAUUUGUUGAGUAAGAUUUGUUGGUUUGUUAUUGUUUUAAUUACAAGAGCUGUUGAGGCUCAUGCAGGUUGUUCUUGAAACUGUAUCUAUACUUAAGGAAUACAAUACUUAGUAGUUCUGAUGAACACCUAGAAUUGUGUCAAUACUGAAGGAUUGUUAAGGAUUUUAUCAUUAGCACCCCUAGG